AUAUGCAGGUCAUUUCUUCGGUGUAGCGGGACUUCCAAACAAACCUUAUCUAAAAUACAGAGUGGUAGCUGGCAGCUUGCAAAAUCGCGAAAAUAAAGCAAACAACGGUAUUCUCAGUUUAUAUUUUUAUAUAAAUUAGCACGUCAGUGAUGGCGAACAACGAUUUAGGGGUCGUUGUUGAUGGAACUCAAGUUUCUUACAUUGGUCAAGACUGUGAAAGUAUUCCUGAACUACUUGGCAAGAACUAUGGACUUUUCACAAAGCGUUUGGAUCUUAGUUUCAAUCUACUAAGGUCACUGGAAGGGCUAGAAGAAUUUGUCUGCCUGGAAGAACUAAUCCUGGACAACAAUCUUCUCAGAAGUGACCUACAGUUGCCUAGGUUACCACACCUUCAUACUCUGAUGAUCAACAAGAACCAAAUCACUGAAUUAGACAGUCUUUUGGAUCAUUUAGCUGAAGUGGUCCCUUUACUUAAGUACCUCAGCCUCCUAGGGAAUGAAGCCUGUCCUAAUGAACUUGUUAGCUUGGACAAUGAUGAAAGUGACUAUCAAAGAUACAGGUACUUUGUUCUUCAUAAAUUACCAAACCUGAAGUUCCUGGAUGCCAGAAAGGUUACGAAAAAAGAACAGCAAGAGGCAAGCACUCGUGGUGCCUUCAUGAAAGUGGUGAAACCCAAAGAUCUGGCCUCUUGUGAAGGUGAUGUGAACAUGCUGGGUUUUCACCAAUAUACCCCACUGCCUCAAGGGACUCGUGAUGGCAGUAACCACAAAGGUAUUUUUGCAAAAUGUCACUACGUCUAUCACGGAAGACAUUCAGAGGGGAAUAGGUUCAUCCGUGACGACCAACUUUGAGAAUGCUUACGUUAACCUUUCUGCUUGUGUGGUGUAUUUUGGUAAUAAAGGCAAAAUAAAGGGAAAGCAAAAAAGCACAGAGAAUACAACUUCAGCCUGCUAGUGUCUUCUGCUGACUUUGCCAUGCCUGUCAAGAUCAACAGUUCAGUCUGGUCUGAGCAGACACAUAGAAAUUGACAUGAUUGCCUUUAAGCAGGUCCCUUGUAACGCCAUGACAGACAGCUGCAUUCCUGACAGGAUGAGCUCCAGUGAUGGAUUGCUUGGUAGAACUGGGAGGUCAGAGGCCACAGCUGAUGUUGAACUGAGCAUGCUCAUUACAUCACCACAAGUUCUUGGAAGUCACAUUAAGCCCUUACACCACUCAUUAAGAAUGACUUGUUGUUGAGUAAUGGGGAAAUUCUGUUGCAUUUUAUAGAUGACCACGGACAAGAUGAAAUGAGCAGUCACACUAAACUGUAACUCCCUCUAAGUGACCAAUAUUAUUUCAGGGAUUUUAUUCUGAUUUAUGUUUUGCUUGUGGGUCUUAUUUUGAUAUUGGAAAGAUUAAAUAUCAGCCCCAUUAGAUGAGCUCUUUUUAACUUUGAUCAGUGAAGACUCACAAACAAAACUGACAAUUCUGGCAGGCUGGAGAGAUUAUACUUGUACCUCUGUGUGGUUUUGACUUCUGAUGCAAUGAAUGAAUACCCAGUCUAUCUUUACCACAGCUUAUUUUUCUCUUAAGCAGCAGACCAUUCCUGAACCAUGCUGAAAUACAUUUUCAACACCAUAUUUGGUGUGUUAUGAGACAUUUAAAUAGAAUUUACAAUUUAUCCUCACUCUGAAAGGUGAAAAAAAAAUUUGAGGAUUUUUCAUUUUCUGUAUUCAAUGUUAUUAAGUUGGGGGGUCUCAUAUAUUUUGGUAAGAGGAAUUUUCAGGCAAACAAGAUAAUCCACAGUGUUAAUUUGGUAUCUGGAUUUUCACAGUAGUUAUCUAUUUAGCACAGUGCUGCUUUGGAUACAUUUCAGGAAUGGACAAAUUACUACUUUAUAUUUAAUGGUGACUAAACUCUUCAAUCUGUAUACUUUCCACACAGCACACCAUUGUGGUUUUGUUUAAUUUAAUGCACUAACUAAAUAUUUGCUUGCAUGUUUUCUCUAAAUAGUUUUCCUGUUCUCUUGUGUUUGGUACUGAAGAUGUUCCAAAUAUCAUGUUUACAACUUAAGGUAGAUUCAUUGAGCACUGAUGAUCAAAAUUUACUGUAAAGCAGAUAACAAGUCCAAACAAUAUGAAAUUAUUGCAAGUAUAUUUACAUGUGCUAAGAAUAUUAUGUUACAUUGUUUUGAUUUAAAAACUAACAAAGCAGAAUUUAUAGCUUAAUUAAUCUCUUUCUGACAAUCCACUGUAAUAAUUUAUGUUCCAACUUUUUGCCAAAAUUACACAUAUCAGUUUGUUACUGAGUUCAAAUCAUUGUUUCAUUGCACCAAAUAAAAGCAU